AUGAUUACAACUUGGGCGGGAAUCACCAUGCUGAAUGCAGUGGCAAAGACUCCGCAGCAUCUUAUGGCUAUCCGAUUCUUACAAGGUUACUUCGAAUCAUGCAUCUUUGCUGGAACCCAGUACAUCCUGGGAUCGUGGUAUACCAAGAAAGAGCUUGGCCAGCGCACGGGAUUCUUUACCGCUAGCGGUCUCGCUGGUGGCAUGUUUGGCGGCUUCCUACAGAGUGGCAUCCAUUCCUCAAUGAAUGGUCUGCACGGAUUACCAGGUUGGAAAUGGCUUUUCAUUAUUUCCGGCAUUAUCACACUGCCUGUCGCUGUCUAUGGGUACUUCUUCUUCCCCGAUACACCUCACACGACCACGGCCUUCUAUCUUAGCCAGGAAGAAAUUGCUCUUGCAAGAGAACGAGUGCCGGUACAAGAAGUCGACAAGACUGAGAUCAUCCUGUCCAAGUCUUUCCUCUCCAGAGUGAUGCACUCCUGGUACUUCUACGCCUUCUGUUUCCUAUGGAUUCUAGGCAACUGCUCCGAAUCGCAGUCCAACCAGUCGCUUCUCAACCUCUACAUGCAAGCUCAUCCUACAGAGAAGUACAACCUUUAUCAACGCAACAACUACUCCACCGGUGUACAAGCCAUGGGCGUGACGAGCACGCUACUAUGGGCGACUUCAACAGAUAUCUGGGGCAGGCGAUGGCUGUCGGGUUACUACGUCUCCUCCACGGCUAUUGCCAAUGCUGCAAUCAUUCUUGCCCUGACUUCAACGGCAGCCAAGUUCGGGGCCUACUACUGGGCUGGUUCGAUCUACUGCAUCCAAGCCACCUUCUUUGCAUGGGUAAACGACUCAAUGCGAAACGAAUCACCGAGACUUCGGUCUUGCGUUAUUGCAUGCAUGAAUGCAGCUGGCAAUUGCUUCCAAGCUUGGUGGCCACUGAUUUUCUAUAGAGCGGGUGACGCUCCGGAAUUCAAGAAAGGAAUGAUUGCCAUGAUAGCUGUGGGGGCAACAAUGGCGAUUUGGGUCACCGUCCUUGUCCUAGUCGAAAAGCGACGCGCCAAUACGGAGCUUGAAGUAAUCGAAGCCGUUGUGGAAGAGCGAAGCUUGGCAUCAGAGGCGCCUACGAAGUUGGACGCUUCUAGGCUGGAUACCCAGGUUUCUGACGUUAAGCCGUCUUCACACUGA